GGAUUUUGAGUCACUACCCGUUUUUUACUCCGCCGAAUCCCUUCCUCUGUCCUUUUCUUUCUCCACUCUCUGUCUCUGUCUCCUUUCCCUUUCCUCAAAGUUCUUCUCUUUUGAUUCUCCGAUGGAGGCUAAGCUACUCAAACCCGCGUUUUCCAAUUCCCCAAGCCUCAAUCUCGCGAAUUCUUCAAAACCCAUCUCGCAAUUAUCAAUCUUGAACGGUAAAUCGAGGUUUGGACUAUCUGGGUCUCUCUCCUUCCGUCUCUCCACAGCUUCUCCGAUCCGAUACUCUAGGGUGCUGCUACGGGUUGAUGAGAGUGAGUAUUUGACACUUGACAGCAUUAGACACUCUUUGAUUCGUCAAGAGGACAGUAUUAUCUUUAAUCUUCUUGAACGAGCUCAGUAUCGCUACAACGCUGAUACGUAUGACGAGGAUGCCUUUACUAUGGAAGGGUUUCAAGGAUCUUUGGUUGAGUUUAUGGUCAGAGAAACUGAAAAGCUUCACGCAAAGGUGGGCAGGUACAAUAGUCCUGAUGAGCAUCCCUUUUUCCCACAAUGCUUGCCGGAGCCUAUUCUUCCUCCGAUUCAAUACCCACAGGUUUUGCAUCAUUGCGCCGAUUCGAUAAACAUCAACAAGAAGGUGUGGAAUAUGUAUUUCAAACACCUUCUUCCCAGACUGGUCAAGCCAGGGGAUGACGGUAAUUGUGGUUCAGCUGCUCUCUGUGACACAAUGUGUUUGCAGAUACUUUCAAAGAGAAUUCACUUUGGUAAAUUUGUUGCUGAGGCCAAGUUUCGUGAAAAUCCUGCUGCCUAUGAAACAGCUAUCCGAGAACAAGACCGGACACAGCUGAUGCAACUUCUAACGUAUGAAACGGUUGAAGAAGUAGUCAAGAAGAGAGUUGAAAUCAAAGCCAGAAUAUUCGGUCAAGACAUAACGAUCAAUGACCCAGAAACUGGAGCUGAUCCUUCCUACAAAAUUAAACCUAGCUUAGUUGCAAAACUCUAUGGAGAAAGAAUCAUGCCCCUCACAAAGGAAGUCCAAAUUGAGUACUUGCUUAGAAGGCUAGAUUAAUGUUUUCAAAGAAGGAAGCAUAACAUUUGUUUUGA